AUGCGUGCUCCCGCGAGCACCGCCGACGCGGUUCGCGACGCUUGCCGAGCGACGCUCGAGGACUACGCCUCGGUGGCCGAGGGCUACGCACGCGGCAACCUCAAUCACGACGUCUCGCAGAACAUCGAUGCGCUGCUGCGGCCGCUCGCCGGCCUCCAGGCUCCUCUCGACAUCCUCGACGUCUGCUCUGCCUCGGGCCGCGACCUCGUUGCCUUCACCCAGCUCGGGCACCGAGCCGUUGGCCUCGACGGCGUGCCAGCCUUUUGCAGGAUGUCGCGCGAGGCCUCCGGCUGCGAGGUGUGGGAGCAGGACCUAUGCGCCCUGGACCUCCCUGCCGAGCGGUUCGACGGCAUCUUUUGCAACGCCUGCCUCUUCCACUUGCCGCGCGCCGCGCUGCCGGGAGCCCUCGCAUCCCUCCGCCACGCGCUCCGCCCGCACGGAGUGCUGUUUGUCUCCAACGCGCACGGCUUUGGCCAGGACAAGGAGGGCUGGACGGACGGUCGCACCGCCACGACGCGCUCGUACGUCUGCUGGCUGUCGGAGGAGACGUGGCUUGCGACCUGCGAGGCGGCCGGCCUGAGUCUCCUCGACAAGUUCUACCGGCCUCCCGGCCGCGCGCGCGCGCACCAGCCCUUCCUGGCCACGGUGUGGCGAAAGGAGGCGGCGCCCCCGACCGCGGCGCACGAGCCGCGCGACGGGCCGCGAGAGCGGCUGCGCCUGCUGGCGCCGGUGGCUGGCGCGAGGAGCAUCGACGCCGUCCCGCCGUCCGCCCUCGACGGCGGUCGCGAGCUGACGAUGGUCGUCCUCCACGACCGCGCGCAGCGCCGCGUGCUGCUGCGCGUGCCGAACGCGCUCGGCUGGCGGCUCCACUUUGGCUGCGCCGGCAGCACCGGCGAGCGAGGAGACGACGCGAGCGAGGCGCAGCUCUGCGCGGCUGCAAAGGAGGCGGCCUCGGCGGCGCUCGCCGACGCGGGCGUCGCCCUCGCCUCGCCCCGCCUCCGCCUCGCAGGGCUGAUGCUCUUCUCCUUCCCGCCCUCCUCCGCGCACGCGCCGAUGCGCGUGCGCGUGCUCGAGGCGACGCCCAACCUGGCGGCAGAGCAGCCGGCGGCGGCUUCGCCGUGCAGCGUCGAUGCCGUGCCCUACGAGCAGAUGUGGGCCGACGACAAGAUCUGGAUGCCACACCUGCUCGCCCGCGCCGACUCCUACUUCGAGGCGCACUUCGUCUUUGAUGGCCCGCCCGGCGCCGCAAGCCGCGUGGUUGACCACAACUGGGACCCGGCCUGUCGCCCUCCCGAAGCAGCUGCGAGCUGA